AUGGCUGACAACGUUGUAUUUCCAACUGCCCAAGAACUCGCUGACAACUAUGAGGUGAUUCUAGAUUGGGUCCCUGACCGUGCUAGAGGGCCCAACCCAGUCAGGCCAACAUGGAUCGUUGACACAAGAAACGGUUCUGUGAUUCGUUAUCGUUCUCUCAAUGGCGGAUCAGGCAACCAAUUCAAUGGCACACGCCAACCAGGAGCGCAAGGAACCAACUCACCGACCUACAAUCCGACGUACUUCAGAGCCUACUCCAAUGCGCAACACCAACACCAGAAUCACAACUUGCUCGCAAACUUGGUCAAUGCACAGGCAGUUGUCCUCCCACCACCCCAGGCAGUCCCUGUCCCAGUCCAAGGUCAAGAACUCGCUCUUGCCGAGGCUCCCGUAGCCCAAGGUCAAGAACUCGCUCUUGACAAUGACGUCGACGUUCUUGGUGCAAUGCUAGAGAGGUUCUUGGUUCUGAAGCCGACCACUGUUCUGGAUGCCAAGAUCAUUGUGGCCACCGAGAAGCUCAGAUCUUUGAUGGUUGAGAGACUCAACAUCGAUGGAGCAAACAUGCACUAG